AUGAACCUGUUUCGCGCUCCGGCCGCGGCCAGGGCUGCCAAAACCCUAGACAGGGCGCUCUUUGCGCGGACAAUACCUUCGGCGGCUGCGUCUGUGCGGGAGAACAAGCUGUUGUCAAAAUAUAGAAAGGAGCUGGAGCUCACAAAGGAGCUGUUUGUUCUGCAAGGCUUCCAGCAGGUGGCUCCGGAUCCGGAUCCGGCGCUGGCCGCCAAAGGCAAUAAAUGUCUUGUGCUGAAGAGUCAUAUCAAGCCUCAGGAACCUCUGACUUGGAGUCGAGAGCUUCAAGAGGCCUCGAGAAUAGGUGAUCUCAAGGUUAUUCCAUAUGACAUUGACAUCAACUAUAGCUUAUGGAGCUACGUUGACGUUAUGAGAAGCAUACUCCCCGAAGAGCUACAAAAUGAAAUACCAUCUGGCUUCAACACAGCCGGGCAUGUUGCUCACCUCAACCUUCGUGACCAGUACCUACCGUACAAGCACAUCAUUGCCCAAGUCAUUAUAGACAAGAACCCCGGUAUCAAAACUGUCAUCAACAAGGUUGACAAUGUCGGCACCGAGAGCGAGUUCCGCACCUUCGCGUACGAGGUGCUCGCCGGCCCUGACGACCUCGAGGUCGAGGUCAGCGAGGCCGGCUGCCACUUCAAGUUCGACUACGCCAAGGUGUACUGGAACAGCAAGCUCAGCACGGAGCACCAGCGCGUUGCCGCGCUCUUUCAGCCCGGCGAGGUCGUCGUCGACGUCAUGGCCGGCAUCGGCCCCUUUGCCGUGCCCGCCGGCAAAAAGGGCGUCUUUGUCUGGGCCAACGACAAGAAUCCUGCGAGCUACCGCUACCUGACCGACAUUAUCCAGCGCAACAAGGUAGGCGAGUUUGUGCGGCCGUUCAACGCCGACGGCCACGACUUUAUCCGACAGGCGUGCGAUGACGUGCUCGCGGCCGCGCGGCGUGGCGACGCCGCCGUGCUCCCGGGCCGCAAGGUGUCACGCACCGCGGCGCCGGCGCCGGCGGCCACGCGCGUUCCUGUGCCGCCCACCGUUGCUCAUUUUGUCAUGAACCUGCCGGCGUCGGCGCUCGAAUUUCUGCACAACUUUCGCGGCAUCUAUCACGGCCAGGAGGCGCUGUUUGCGCCGCACACGGCGACGCGGCUGCCGCUGGUGCACGCGCACUGCUUCGCCGUCAAGGCCGAUGACGCGACGCCGCUUGAAGACAUUUGCGACCGCAUCGAAAAGGAAAUCGGUAUCCGGCUAGUGCCAGGCGACGCCAAUGUCGACGGCCAGGUGUCGAUCCACGAGGUGCGCGACGUGGCGCCGGCGAAGCGCAUGUUUUGCGCCAGCUUUCGCGUCCCGCCCUUGGUGGCCUUUGCAGCUCGCUCUUGA